AUGGGAACGGCGCGGGGCGCGGCGCGGGGUCACUGCGGUGCGGUGGCGGCCGAGUGCGGGGGGCGGGAUCAGCUGCAACGCUCCGCUCGGGCAGUCUCCGAGCGGCUCAGGAGAGCGCCGGUUCUGGGCUUGUACAAAGAUCUCAUUACCAUAUGGUUGUCUCUGCUGAACAGAAUCUUCUCCUCCCUUCAGGUCUAAUUAAAAUAUCUUCAGUGCAUAGCAAUAUCCUGCCUUGUAUUUGCAGCAAGAAACCGUGAAGAGGAUCAGGUAAUGCCAUCAGUGACGAUGCUCACAGCGCAGAGCGGGGUGUCUCCGGCUGAGAUCAUGAGAAUGGAGAGAGUUAUUAUACUAGGUAAGCUUCACUGGGAUCUUUACACAGCAACACCAAUGGAUUUUCUUAACCAGUUCCUUGCCAUGGUGAUGUCCAACUGGCCCCAUCUACUACAUGGGCUGCCUCAGACGAAUCCUUCCCUCCAUGUUGCACUCUUGACCAAACAGCUGCAGCACUGUAUGGCGUGCCACCAGCUAUUGCAGUUUAAGGGCUCCACAUUGGUUUUGGUGAUCAUCACCUUGGAGCUGGAGAGGCUGACUCCUGCUUGGUUUCCUGUUAUUACUGAUCUGCUAAAAAAAAAAAAAAAGCAGAGGACUGAAUUAAUCCACUGCAAAAAGCUUGUGGAUCAAGACCUAAAGCACUCACAGCCAUACAAUGCUGUUCACAUUUGCUACCCCUCCAGGGCCACCCUGAGGCACGGCCGCCCAAUCCCGACCCUCUGUGCUGAGGAAUUCCCAUCCAGCGAGGCCCAGGGCUGCUCACGUGCUAACUCUUCAGAUUUUAACGUCAUGUAA